AAGUUAGUAAAAAUUAAAAAAAAAAAAAUUGAAAUCGGGUUUUAUUUGUAUUUGUAUUUUUAUUAUUUCAGGUGAUGACAUAGAUGAUAGGGAGGCUUAGAGGUGGAUGAAGUCAGGUAGCUUCUCUCUUUUUAUGGCUUUUCUUCCUCGUCUUCUGCUUUCUGUCGAGAUAAACGUGAUUAAACAAUUUCCAGAAGAUUCGUCGGAGAAUCAGUUCGGUCGGUGAUCGGAGCUCUGGUCGCCGUUGGACGAGACGAGUUAGAGUUUUUUUUUUUUUUUGUUAUUGUUGUUGUUGCGUAAGACAAAAGCGAGCGUGUUUGGAUUGAUAAGAAGAAAAGAGAAAAUGAAUGGGAAUAACAAUGGAUUUGGGAGUGCGGCGACUGAGUAUAUAAGGAGACAUCAUCGUCAUGAGACUGGAGAGAAUCAGUGUAGUUCAGCACUCGUCAAGCGCAUCAAAGCUCCUGUUCCUCUCGUUUGGUCUUUGGUGAGGAGAUUUGACCAACCUCAGAAGUAUAAACCCUUUGUCAGCAGGUGUGUUGUACAAGGAAACCUUGAGAUUGGGAGUCUUAGAGAAGUUGAUGUUAAGUCAGGGCUUCCGGCCACUACAAGUACUGAACGACUCGAACUUCUUGAUGAUGAUGAGCAUAUCCUCAGCAUGAGGAUUGUAGGUGGGGAUCACAGACUUAAGAACUACUCUUCAAUCAUUUCCCUCCAUCCAGAGAUCAUUGAUGGAAGACCUGGAACUCUAGUCAUUGAAUCAUUUGUGGUGGAUGUGCCCGAGGGAAACACAAAGGAUGAGACAUGCUACUUUGUCGAAGCUUUGAUCAAGUGCAAUCUCAAAUCUCUUGCAGAUGUCUCAGAGGGGUUAGCAGUGCAGGACAGGACUGAACCCGUUGAUCUUUGAGAGUUGGGGCUGAGGAGAUAAGGUGGUGGCUAUAGUUGCCAUGGAUGACGCUUCGGAGGCUUUCGUAUGUUGGGGGCUCGAGAGAUGGACUGGCAAUUGUGGGUCUUCCAUCUUCUAGAUACACUCACACUAUUUGUUAUUGUUCUCACCUUUCGUUUUAACAUUAUGCACUGGAUUUCCUGUCUUUAGUAGAUCAAAAACCGCAAAUGUUAUAAAGUUUCUUCUGUUGAAGGAUGAAAAAAAGGAAAAAAAGGGAAAAUGAUGGACUAGUUGUUCUACUGAUCCAGAGUAUUGUUAUUGUUAAUGGCUGUACAUAACGGAGCUCAAAAGAGUUUGGUUUUU